AGUGGGGCGUGUCUGAGAAAAGGGCAGAGGGGCAAAUGGCAAGAAUGUGGGGGCGGGGCGGGAGGAACCGGUGUUUAUAUAUAGACCGGGGCUGUGACAUCAUCAGGGCCCGACGGCAUUGACGGGCGAGGCCGCGAGAGGAAGCAGGGCUGGAGAAACAGAGAAGGUAACAAGAACAGAAAAGUCAGGUUUGAACACACCAGUGCCUAAGCAAUAAUACUGACUGGAUACAUGUCCAAAGAUGGAGUUUCCUGAAUUGGGACAACAUUGUUCAGAGAAUUCCUGCAAAAGGCUGGAUUUUCUUCCCAUGAAAUGUGAUGCAUGUUCACAAAUCUUCUGCAAGGAUCACAUCAAUUAUGAGCAGCACAAGUGUACAUCGUCCUAUAAAAAGGACAUACAGGUACCUGUGUGUCCGCUGUGUAACACACCUGUUCCUGUCAGAAGGGGAGAAAUGCCAGACAUCCGGGUUGGUGAACAUAUUGACAGAGAGUGUAAAUCUGACCCUGCUCAGAAAAAGCGUAAGAUUUUUACAAACAGGUGCUCGAAGACUGGUUGCAAACAGAAAGAGAUGAUCAAAGUGACAUGUGACCAAUGUCACUUAAACUUCUGCUUAAAGCAUAGACACCCUUUGGAUCAUGAAUGCAAGGCUGAUGGACAACGUCUCUCCAAAGCAGGUAAUGCUGCAAUUAUGAGAGCACAGGGGACUUUGAAAUCCAAUGCAACGCCAUCUACAAGCAAAGAGGCAUCUAGCAGUCGGCCGAAUGGAUUUAAUGCAGCAGUACACUCACAUUAUAAUAGUAACCCACCAAGAUCAUCACAGAGACCUGUCCCUCCAUCUGCAUCCCUGCAAGGAGGAUUGAGUGAAGAGCAAGCCCUGCAAAGAGCUUUGGAGAGAUCAUUAGCUGAAACUUCAAGGAAUGCACCUCCCAGCCAUGCAGAGCAGGAAGACUUGGCCCUGGCCCGGGCUAUUGCAGCCAGCGAAGAAGAAUUCCGCAGGCAACAGCAGCAGACACAGCAACGAAGUUCCAGGUCCUUGCCUUGUAAACUAUCCUGACUCUGGCAAUCUGACUUUGUAGCACGACCUUGUUUUCGAUUUCUUAAUCCAUGUCCUUGGCUUCCAGUUUAAGGAAAUAAAUACCCUUUGCUCAGUGGUCAAAGCUUUGGUCAAAUCAAAGCUUUUCUGUUGUAUUCUUGUAAAUUUAUAAGCACAGGCAAUUGAAUAAUCCAAAGCUGAACAUUAUGUAUAGUGUAAGAGUGCACAAGGUGCAGCCAUUCUAUUUAAUCAUGCCCUACAUAUGGUAUUUGAUUUGUUUCUAAGAAUAAAAUAUUUUAAAAUUU